UCCCAUUCCCCCUCUGCUUACACCCCAUGGCUCAGAUCAGCCUCUUCUUCUAAGAGGGGGUUGGAUCGGGGACCCCACCCCACACAGCCCCCCCCCCAGAACCCCCCCGCUCCCCGCAGGCCCUACAGCUUCGUCCAGACCCUGCAUGGCAACAACGUGGCGGCCGCCUGCUUCGCCAUGUCGUGCGGCGGGAGGGUGAGAUUUGAGGGCCAGGAGCGCUGGCUCUGUGCAGACUCCCGCGGGCGUUGGAGCCCCGAAGUGCUGCAGUUCCACCACGUCCCCGUGGUGGCCCUGGACCUCAGCGGCACCGAAGUUACCUACGACGGUUUGGACAACAUUGUGCUGCUGACGAAGCUGCAGCACCUGGACCUGAGCGGGUGCCCCCACGUGGACGACUGGGCGCUGGGGAGGCUGCACGUUUUUGGGGACAGCCUGCAGGAGCUGUCGGUGGCACGGUGCCCCCGGGUCACUGAGAGGGGAUUGGCCACGCUGCAUCAGCUGCCGUGAGUGUGGGGAGGGGGAUGUGUCAGCUUGGGGGGGUGAGGGGAGGGAGAGAGCAUCUCCCACCAGCGUAUGGGGAUGUGGACACCCCCUGAGCACAGGGAUGGGGGUUUCAGUCUCAUCCUCUUAACGUGGGGACAGGGAUGGGG